AAUAGCAAACUCGGCCUUCGAUUGCUUCAGCUUCCUUUAAACCUUUCUUCUGAAUCUACUAGUGGUAGAAAGGUCAGGGUCUGCAAAAACCAACGUGGAAUCUCUCAAGGGUUAACCAUUUGCCCAAUGCGUCGCCUUACUUUAUUUUACGCCAUUAUAUAAACGGAGUGAUUCAGGUUAUUUACGACACCAUAAGACAAAUGUUACCUCGUGCCGGUUUGCGUAUGUAUCAACACCAUGAAAUUUUCUCGAUAACUUCGUCUGGUUGUGUGAAUUACAAUCCAUUGAAAUGAAGGCAAUCGAAAUAAAACAACAACGAAAGUCCGCUCGAGUGUUCUUCAGCUCACCGUUUGGAGGACUGGAAGAGGAAAGAGAAGAAUUAACGAAGAAAUACUGGCCACAGUUGUCGUCCAUGUGCAAGAGAGCCGGAUACGAGUUUGUGCCUGUUGAUAUGAGAUGGGGAAUAACGUCCGAGAUGUCAUCCAAUGCCGCCACCAUUGAGAUCUGCCUUCGUGAAAUGGAUCGGUCUGAUAUGAUUGUGGGCUUCUUUGGUCAACGUUACGGUUGGCAUGGAUUUGAUAGUCUGUUGCAGAAAAGUUUCGAUGUUGCAGCUGUUAAAUAUCCCUGGUUAAACGACUACCGCGAGCGAGCCGUCACCGAGUUAGAAUUCUUACAUGGCCACCUAAGAGACCCUGGGAAGAGGGCUGCUUGCUUCUUCUUCAGAGAUAAGUCUUACGAUGACUUGAAGCUAAAGAUAGCUGAAGAAGCUGGUGACGAAAGACAGGCGCGGAAGUUUCUUUCAUCAACAGAUGGGCCUAAGGCCGCGGAGUUCUUAGCGGAUUUGAAGAGGAGAGUUCUUGAAACGAAAGACAAAUGCUUAGCUGUCCAUAUGAACUACAAGAAUCCACAAGAAGGAGCCAGGCUAAUGUACGAGACAAUAGAGAAGUUUCUGAAAGAAGUGAUCCUUGUUCACUCCGCUCAAACGCUUUCUCCUUUGGAAGAGGAACGCCUUCAACAUGACCUGUUUAGGGUCAGCAGACUUGCUAUGGGUGGUGUGUUUGUGGGCGGGGAAGACUAUUUGCAAAAGAUUGAUGAGCACGUAAAUAUACGAAGCCAAGAGGGGAGUCCUAUGAAAUAUCUUGUUGUGACGGGGGAUGGAGGUUCUGGUAAAUCAUGUUUGUUGGGAAGCUGGUCCUUGCAUCACCAAGAAAAGUUUCCCAACGACGCUGUUGUUUGCCACUUUGUGGGUAGUUCUAGUGGAAGCACUGUGCCAAGGAAGAUACUGAAACACCUCCUGGAUGAGCUAAACAGCUGGUUCAAGCUAAAGAUGUCUAACCAGAAAGAAAAAGGUGAACAGACCUUUACAGGAUCUGGUGGCGGAGAUAUUCGCGUUCUUAUUCAAGGUCUGUCAGAAACAGUUGGGAAUAUUACUAAAGCAGGCUUCCGUACUAUCAUAUUAAUUGAUGCUCUUAACAAAGUCGAUGACAUCGGAAAAACCAACAAGAUAUUACAUUGGCUUCCAAGGGUACUUCCUCCCAAUGCAUACCUCAUGGUGUCUGUAAUUUCUACCCAAGUCCAAAUGGUCACUGAAUUGACUGAAGAAAGGGGUUAUGCUACCAUCAAUAUGGCGCCAUUAAAUAAAAAAGAGCGGGAACGAAUUGCAGUGGCAACCCUUAAAGUCCGAGGAAAAGCUUUGUCGUUAGAACAAAAGACGAAAGUUGUACAUAAGACGCAAACAGAAAACCCUCUGUACCUGAAAACGUUACUGGAGGAGUUGUGCAGCUUUGGAGAAUUCUUUCAACUAGACGCAUAUCUUGAUGCCUUACUGGAAACGAAAAACACUAAAGAACUCUUUGAUAAAUGCUUGCAAAGGCUAGAAGUGGACUAUAACCCUAAAGAAUAUGCUGGGAAUCUGGUCAAGGACGUGAUGUGCUGUAUACUGGUGGCUCGCCAAGGACUUUCUGAGACAGAAAUCAAAUCCAUUCUUAAGAUAACGAACCAAAUGUGGUCCAUCCUUUAUUUUGCCAUAGAAGAGUUUAUUUUGGAGCGAUCAGGGAUUUACAGGUUUGCCUAUGACGAAUUGUCACAAGCGGUUCAAGAGAAAUACUGCAUGGACGAGUCAACUACCAUUCACUACAUCAUGCGAUUGGUGGAUUAUUUUGGAGCAAGACUAAGGGAGAGAGACUUGGUUUACGAUACUGUAAUAUCAGAUCGCAUUUACAUAGAGCUUCCAUGGCUUUUAGUAAAGUCUGGAGAGAAAGAUCGUCUUAUCGAGUGUCUCACGACUGCUUCGAUAUUCUGGUCACUCUUCAGCGAUGAAAACAAGUACGACCUAGUGAGUUACUGGAAUGAAACUGGUUUAACAGGAGAAGAAAUAACGGCUUUGUAUCAAAAGACGCUUAAUGAUCAGCUUGCACUGUUGUAUCUCAAAGAACAGGAGAAAGGGGGGGAAACGAUCACUGCAGUUAAAAAGCUUGCCAAACUAGCGUUCCAAAUUUCUGUGUACCAAGGUGAUGCAGGGCAUAUGACAGCAGUUGAACCACUUCUCCAGAGAGCAUUGUAUUUGCAGAGGUCAGCUUAUUCUGAGGAAGAGAUCCAUAGUGAUGCAAAUGUAGCAAUGGAUUAUUGUGAAAUGGCCAAUGCAUUAGCUUGCUUGCUUGUGGAUACCGAGCGGUUCGAUGAUGCCGAACCUUUGCACAGAGAGGUCCUCGAGCUCGGCGAAAAGUUUGCCGAUGAAUGGUCUAGAGGCUGGUCAAGAGUAGCAACUUCACUUCACGGUUUGGGUGUGCUAUAUUACAGGACGAACAAGUUCCAAGAGGCUUUGGAAUAUUACAAUAGAUGUCUUGAGCUUCACCGACGAACCUUGGAACCGACUCAUCAUCUGAUUCCCGACACAAUGAACAACAUUGGAGCUUUGUAUAAGUCCAUGGAACGUUGGGAGGACUCUGCCAGAAUUUUAGAGAAAGCCUUGGAGAUGUAUGAAGAAGCAUAUUUUGGCCAGCUUCCGCCUGAUGUGGGUGGUACGUUGCUGAACCUUGGUAUGGCCUAUGCGAGGAUCUACGACAGGAACAAAGCUGAGCCAUUGUAUCUAAGAGCUUUGGACAUCCGCACUAAAGCUUAUGGGCCGGACCAUCAUGACGUAGGUCAGACUUUACUUAGCUAUUCCUCCUUUCUACUCAAUUUGGAUGCUAACAAGUCAGCUGAAGCCGCCAUACGAGCGGCGGAGAUCUUAGAGAAAUCUUUAGGUCCAGAACACAUUUUUACACUGAACGCUCAAGAGAAUAUAGCGUUGGCCUAUGCCGUGGCUGGAAAAUUUGAUGACGCUCAUCCGUAUUUCAAGAAAGCAGGAUUAACCAAAUACCAAAAGGAUCAAAUGAAUACUUCAAUUCCACCGCUGAACGCUGCCAUGGCAGAUUAUUACCUCAACAAUGGCCAUCAUGAGGAGGCGAGACAGUUAUUCGAAAGACUGAUAGGCACAGAUUUUGCUUCAGACAGAGAUUUCGCUGCCCUAGACUUAUUAGAUGAAGAUCUACUCGGGGAUAAUAGACCCACGAGACCGUAUGAAGAGACAGUGGAAUAUGGCAUUGAAAAGUUCCCCAAAAGCGCAAUGAUUUUUGGGCGUCUGCUUCCAAAACUAGCCAAAAGUGGAGACUCACAGAGAAUAUUAAUGAUUUUAAGAAAAGGUGAUUUUGGUGCCGAGAGGUACAAUGAGUCAUAUCUGAGUUUUAUUGAAAAUCAGCAUAGGAAACAAGGCCUUGAUGUAAUCCAGUCUGCACAUGAGAAAUUUCCAAGUGACACGAUAAUUCUUGAGAAUUUGGCAAAGUGCCACGCCUUUUAUGAGGACUUCGUUACGGCCUCCACAUACUUUGAAAAGCUACUCGACUUGAAACCCGAUGAUCCCAACGUCAUGAAUACUUUUGGGAGAGUAUUAGCUAUGACAGGAAAGAUAGAGGAAGCCAAAAAAAUGUUCGAAAAAGGAUUAAACUGCGCCGAGGCUAAAAAUGAAGAACAACUUAUUGAGCAGUUCAAAGCGAAUUUAAAACUCUUAAACGAAAUGUAAGAACGAAAGAAACAGAUAUAUCUUGGGUCCAGAAGUGUAUGGAAACGUUACAAUCCAUGCAGACGCGGAAGACAUGUCGCUGAAGUGAAACGAUGGUACACUGAGACCACAACAAUGGUGAAGAUCAUCCAUAAGGCCCAAGGCCCGACAUCCUUUUUUAAACCCAUUGGGUUUUCAGCCUAAGUGCCACUACCCCGAGCUGUGAAGGCGAAUGACAAAAACAAAACUGAAUUACAGACAAACAUAGCAACUUCAGUAUCAUUACAAAGAAAAAGGAAAAAGUACCCCCGCGGUACCAGGUUGAUGACACAGAAACAGCCACAAAGAAAGAACGAAGAAAGACAUGAUGUAAAGGAACUAAACCAGGGAAAGAAAAUUGUAAUUCCUUGAUCCACCGGCUCAUUAGGUCCUAAACCUAGCGAGGAAGGUACGGUUUUGUGAAGUGGAGCCUAGGGGAAACAAAGAAGUAAAGUGUAAAUAAAUCACAGUUUGGGUUUUAGUGGAUACAAAUUGCAAAGUUUUACUUCUAAACUUAAGAAUAAACAGUGUAGGAGGUAGAGGUACCUGGGUUUCAAGCAACACUAACCCCGGGCCCCUGGGCCCCUCUAACCUUCUCGUCAGAAAAAGGGAUGAUUUAGAGUGGAGAAACAACCUGAUAUAAAUUUGAAUGCCACUUACACAAUAUUCAGUGCGGGGGAUUCUAGAGGAAAAUUAUUCCUAUGUUCUAAUCGAGAAUACUGUUAAACUCUGGAACAGUUAGGUUUGCGUAAAUAGUAAAAGAUUGUCUUCGGAAUAACUACUUAAACGUAUGUUACUUCAGAUUUUUAAAGGAAACAUAACGCAUUUCUCGUUUGCAAGAAAAGCCCGCUCUCUUAAUGACUGGCAUCAGUAUGCGAAAUUUUAAUUACUUCAGUUAUCUUGUUUUGUAAAGAGUUCAGUCAACCUUAACUCCUUUUUUUACAUCAACAUAUUACUGACAUUAUUCACUGAAAUCUUUUUUUAAAUCUUUUUUUAAAUCUUUUUUUACCAGUGCUAACUUCUAAAGGCCUCCAGGACACAUUAGGGACCAUGACACAUUAUUGCAGUAUAACUCUUAAGUCAAUAACCUAUUUAGAGAAUAUUCCAUCCUUGAAAAUGGUCUCUUUAUAAUAACAUCCGUAGUUCAUAACCCCACAGUGCAUCACCAGUCGCUGA